UAUCUCUGCGGGAAGGGGGCGGGGCGACUGGGCAGCUGUAGCCGUCUGACAGGGCUCGAGGAGCGGCUGCUAGAGGCGCGAGACACCCCUCAGGCCGGUUCUCUGUCCUCUGGGGAAGAUGUGUAAAGUCCAAAUGCUGAGAGCGUUGGUGAAGCAGCGACUAACUGCGGCUGCUGAAGAGAUAUUUGGGCUGUUUGAAAGAACGAUAGCAGAGUACGAGGAGCAACUUUGUCGCUCAAAAGAGGAGAACGAGCGACAACGGAAACUACUGGAGCUCCGCGCGGGACCGGAAAUAAACACAGCAGAUGUCCGCAAAGUUUCCGAGAGUAAAGAAGAGGUUCCCCCUGAGCAGCAGGAGUGGAGCUCCAGUGUGGACCAGGAGGACCCAGAGCCCCCACACAUUAAAGAGGAAGAGGAGGAACUGUGGAGCAGUCAGGAGGGAGAGCAGCUUCAAGGGCUGGAGGAGGCUGAUAUCACCAAGUUCACAUUCACUCCUGUCCCUGUGAAGAGUGAAGAUGAUGAAGAGAAACCUCAGUCUGAGGGACACCACUGUGGAGGACCAGAACCAGUGCCCGGAGGAGGAGUGCGACCAUUGCCCGGAGACUCUGAUCCAGAUCCCGAUGACAAGACGGGAGACUCUUCUGAAGUUGAGACUGACGACAGUGACGAUUGGAUGGAGACCAGAGAACUUCAGUCAGGUUUAAACUCUGUGAAAAACGAUGACCUACCUGCCAGCUAUUCGAGAUGUAGUGCUGAUGAGAAGCCGUUCAGCUGCUCUGAAUGCGGGAGAACAUUCGGUAAAAGCGGCUACCUGAAGCGACACAUGAGAUCUCACACAGGAGAGAAACCAUUCAGCUGUCCAAUGUGCAAAAUGUCUUUUGGACAAAGCGGAUGUUUGAAGCGACACAUGAGGAGCCACAAAGGCGAGAAACCCUUCAGCUGCUCCGUUUGUGAGAAAAGAUUUUUGCGCCGAGGAGACCUGAAGAGACACACGAUAACUCACACGGGAGAGAAACCAUUCAGCUGCUCCGUUUGCAGUAAAGGAUUCAUCCAGAAGGUUCAUUUGAGACAACACAUGACACGUCACACGGGGGAGAAACUUUUCGCCUGCAGCAUUUGUGACCAAAGAUUCACCUGGCUUUACCAGCUCAGGAACCAUCAGUGUGUCGGGCGUCAGUCAUCACAGGUUUUCCAAACUGAGGAGAACAGAGGGGCGGAGCCUCCAGCCAACAGCUUAACUCAACAGAGACAACAGAUGGGAACAGAAGCUGAUGGAGAGGACUGUGGAGGACCAGAACCAGCCAGGAACUCGAAUCCAGAUUUACAACCAGAUACUGAUGACAAGACCAGAGACUCUUCCGAACUGACAACCAAAUUUCCCUUGUGUGAUGUCGGAUUAAAUAAUGGCAAGAAACUGUUUAGCUGUGCCGAGUGCAGUAAAACAUUCGGCCACAAGACACAUCUGCGGGAACACGUGAGAGCGCACACAGGAGAGAAACCAUUCAGCUGCUCAGUCUGUAACAAGUGGUUUUCGUGGAGGACGCAGUUACAGAGGCACAUGAGAGUCCACACAUCGGAGAAACAACAGCUGGAGUGUUUGUGACUAAAUGUUCAGUAGUAGGCCGACUUGGUGAGUCCUCACUGCACCAGGAAAACCAAUCACAGUCUUCAUGAGGUUUUAACAGUCUUGAAUCCCUUUAAGAGAUGGGACAUGAUCCUGAGAGACACAUUCCUGGUGGUGAUGAAGUGAUAUGGACCAUCUGCUUCAACACAUUAAGGCCAAUUUGUGCUUGGGUUUCCUCCAGGUGCUCUGACAUGUUCUCCCUGUGUCAGCGUGGGUUUCCUCCAGGUGCUCUGACAUGUUCUCCCCGUGUCAGCGUGGGUUUCCUCCAGGUGCUCCAACAUGUUCUCCCUGUGUCAGUGUGGGUUUCCUCCAGGUGCUCUGACAUGUUCUCCCUGUGUCAGUGUGGGUUUCCUCCAGGUGCUCCAACAUGUUCUCCCCAUGUCAGCGUGGGUUUCCUCCAGGUGCUCUGACAUGUUCUCCCCGUGUCAGCGUGGGUUUCCUCCAGGUGCUCCAGCUUCCUCCCACAGUCCAAAGACAUGCAGGUUAAUUGGUGACUCUACAUUGUCCGUAGGUGUGAAUGUGAGUGUGAAUGGUUCUGUCUCUAUGCGUCAGUCCUGUGAUAGUCUGGUGGCCUUACAGACACUAUAACCAUUAAAAAAUUGAGUUUAACACAUUAAAUGACUGACUGUGGCUGUUGUGUGGCUGUCAUUUUGUUUUCAGGCUGUCUGAAACUCUUAUUUACAAUAACAGAUGUGACAGUAGAGGUGGCGUAACUCUGCGUCACUGUUGUUACUCAGAAUACUCUACACUGAAAAUGUUCCUUCAGUAAAAGUAUAAAUCAGGAAA